AUUAUUCUAAAAGAAGAAGAAAGAAGCCUUUCAGCCAAAGCUGAGGGACGCAAUGUUCCUGGUCGUUUGUCGCUGCUGUUUCUGCGGUUUUCUGCCAAACCCAAAGUGGACUGUCAACGCAGAGACAUGGCCGCUUCUCCGGCGAACAUAAAUAAGGGCAGCACGACGACAGACAUCCUAAAAUGUCACAGAGAGUCUCGGUCGCAGUGUCAGGAAAUUAUAAAGCCCACCAUCAUGGAGCUGACCAAAGAAGUGAGGACGAACAUCCUCUGCACCGUGGAAGGAUGUGGCAAGAUUCUUCCCAACACACCUGCCUUGAACAUGCAUCUGGUUAAAUCGCACAGAAUAAAGGAUGGGAUGGUCAAUCCCACAGUCAGAAAGGAAAUGAAGGGCACUCAGAAACUUUACUGCUGUCCUAUUGAGGGCUGUCCAAGGGGGCUCAACAGACCUUUCUCCCAGUUCUCUCUGGUUAAACAACACUACAUGAAGAUGCAUGCAGAGAAAAAGCACAAGUGCUCUAAAUGCAGCAAUGGCUACAGCACAGAGUGGGACCUGAAGAGGCACAUAGAGGACUGUGGGAAGACUUACCAGUGCACUUGUGGCUGCCCCUAUGCAAGCAGAGCUGCACUGCUGUCACAUAACUACAGAACAGGUCACGAAAUCCCAAAAGAAUACAGACUUCCUCCAGUCAAAAAGCGAAAGAUGGAAAAGCAUACAGGUGGUUCUGAAAAAGUCCGAGUUAAUGACUCAGCUGUGCAGAUCAUGCCUUCUACUAAGGAGUUGACAGAAACUUCUCCACCUCUUGAUUUGGCUGCAAACAUCCUAGAUCCAGCUAACCAGAUUUCCAGCCCCCAUAGGAGCCUUCAGAAGUUGCUCCUACCAAAACCCAAAAUUGCCUUGGUCAGUGUUCCUGUCAUGCAGCUGGCCCAUCUGCCUGUUCUUCUUCCAUCUACAGAAAGUGGGACUCUGAGGUCGGUGGUUCUUGCAGUAGACAACCAUGGCUCUUUCAGUACAUUCCAGCUCCUUCCACAGACAAUGGGAGCACUGGUUCCCCAGCUGGAUGGGAAAGGCUUGGUUUUCGAGAACAGCAAGUCAACUUCCCGUUCUACCCUGGAUGGCAUCAGCACAGGGGUGCAGGUCAAUCUGGACCCUGUUGGUUUAGAUGACUCAGCCAGCAGUGUGACGGGGCAGCGAGGAAGGAGCACCUCUACCAACAUCCAGACUGAUAAAUCCUAUUUGUCAAAGCUGCCCAUCGGGAUGGGAGUUGGGGAGGGAGCAGGGUUGUGUUCCAUGGGCGAGGCCUCAGUUUCAUCCUGCUCCCAAACAGACAUCAGUGUGAGUGCCCAAGUCCUCCUGCCAGUCAGUGUGGAGACCCAGACAUUCUUUUCCCGAGCCAAAUCCACAUCAUCUGUUGGAGCUCAGACAGAGAGCCAGGGCCUGAGCCAAAUCACGCCCCUCUCCUCUUCUGUGCUCCCGUUUCAAACCAGACAGACGCAGACGAUCGUUGCUCUGCCACAGUUGGAGGAUAAGGCUCCUGACCAGGCUGUUAUGUGUUCAGAUCUAUUUGUUAAUGAGUCUCUAAGCACUUCAACACAAACAGCCCAGGACAUUAUUAACAGCCCUAGUGCUGCAGGAAGAAAUCUGUAUGAAGACUCAAAGUCGGUGGCGGGUAUGUGUUUUGGGGUGCAGACACAUGAGCUGGGUGCUAACAACAUGGCCGAUAACCAGACCCAAACGAUAACGCUGUUAAAUGACCUUGAGAACAUUCUGGCUGGCGGCAUGUCGGGUCACCAGGUUCUCGCGGAGGUUUCUGCUGGUUGUGGGUCCGGUCCUGGCUCUGUUCAGGAGCAGCACAAUGGAAUUGACUUUGACUUUGAGGAGUUCCUCAACACCGUUCACAUUCAGACACAAACGGAGGAGAGUGAACUUGGUGUGCUAGGUGGUGACACUCCGCUGGAGUCGCUGGACAUUCAGACGCAGACAGAUUUCCUCCUUAUGGAUGAGCUGGACCAAAAUGAGGGACAAAGUCGACCCCAAGCCAGUGACCUUGAGCUGUUUGACACCCAGACUCAGACUGAUCUCAAUUUCCUGCUGAAUGCUGGCAGCAACAUGCCCCUAAGCAGUAUCCUUCGACAUUCAACCUUUUCAAUCAGCACCGAGUCGUCAGAUACCGAAACACAGACGGAUCUCCCUUCCUUUACUACAGCUCCAUCCUCACUUUCUAAUAGAGGUCAAGGUGAGGCAGUGAGGUUGUUGAACAGCACAGAAACCCAGACUGUGACCAGCCAAGCAGAAGGCCUGGGGCAACUCUUUCUGACCAGCAAUGAAACCCAGACCGUUAUGAACGACUUCCUGUCAGCAGACCUGGCGUGGAAUAUGGAGUCACACUUUAGCUCUGUGGAGACUCAGACCUGUGAGGAGCUUUGUGCUCUCUUUCAUCACCCCGACAAACCCGACAGCUGAAACUCUUCCUGAAGUAGGGUUGACCAUUCCAGUGGGACGUCCGUGUCCACAGCUUUUCCAGGUGUUGAUCCUGACAGCUUUGCUGCACUUUAUGAGCUCCAUGGGCAUGGUUCAUUAGCUCCUGUGACAGUUUACAUAUUUAUUUGCACACAAAGUCACGUUAUAUGUAUCUUGUCAGAAAUGCCAUGUGUAUAUUUGAGCAUAGGACCACUGUGGGUAGUUUGUGCUGCUUGGUCCGUCCAAGUGUGUCUAGGCAGAAAACCUUUCUGAAUUUAUUACAUCUCAGCUGUACAAUAUGCAGUAUUGUAAAGUUUGUUUACAUGUAAAAUGGGCACGGAGGCCUUUUUAGGUCAAUGGCACAACACAAGCAUCUGAUCGGCUGCCUCUUCAGUGUCGCUGUGUCCGUUUAAAGACGCUGAACUGCAACCAUCAAAGCUUAUAUGACCAGUGAAAGUCGUUUUUGGUUUUCAAAGCCUUUCAAGAGUUGAGAUACGGUUGUAAAAAUUUAGAAAAACUAAAAUGUUGCACAAGUAAAAUCUUUGAUGUCUUUGUUGGUUUUUGCACAGCUUUCAUUUAGGUGAUUGUGAUGUCUCAUAUGAAAAAUGUUUUCUGGGUUGGUUUUUGUUUCUACAUGAAACCAAGUCCGUAAGCGGGCUCGACUGUCUAACUUAUUUAUUAGCUGCGUGUAAGCGUGUACAAUAGCAGCAACCUGUUCUGAAUGGAUCUGAUGAUGUCAUUGUGUAGCAACAGCGAGUUAGUUGAGAUUAGCUGUUCAAACCAGUCAUGUGGAGCAUCCCAUUUUCUCUCCUAACGUUGUCACACAGUGUUUUAACUUGGCUUUUCUCCUCUCUGAGCGGCUAAACUCAGCAUUUUUGGUGAAACCGUUACCUCACCUGCACCACUUAAUCAGCUACGUUCUACGAGGAAACAUAGAGCCUUGUUUUUAGCUUGUUUGGUUGUAUUGGUGCCUUGUUCCAGGUGUUAAUAUCAGCUCUGGUUUAAAUAGGUCACUGCUUCCAUAAAUAAUUUCAGAAAGUGAUCAAACAUAGUAGGACUGUCAGAAGCUGUGGGGUCUUUAUGUUGCAUGUUUAAUCCAUAGUGUUUUCAACAUUGUCGCAUGAUCAUCAGUAAUAUUCUGAGUAUUUUUUCAUAUUUUCUCUGGAAAUAUGUAUGUCUUGUCAUUGAAUGAUUGCUGUGCAGUGUAUUAUUAUUAUUAGGAUGAAUAUCUUUCAUUCCAUUUCUUUGGAACAUGUUGUUUUCUUAUUCUGACUUCUAUUUCCCUGUGAAAAUAUUUUGACACAAUUUUUUUUUUUGAUCUUCACGCUUUGUUCUUGAUUUCAGAAGAUUUAGAAAUGAUAUUGCUGCUUCCUGCAGAUGUCGUAGGAUGGCAAAUGUCUUCAAAAUCUAUUUUGUGAAGGCUUUUGGUCUAUAUUGUAACGUUUUCUUCUCCCUUUCUGGGAGUGCAUGCACAACAUUUGUUUAGCAGAACUGAGUUUCUGUUGCCUACACGUGUAGAAUAAAUGGUUGCCUUGAUUGUUUCUUGAAGCUACACUACAGAUGUCAAUAAAAAGCUAUGAAGUAC